AUGAAACCACCAAGUAUUGGUAUUUCAAUCGGUAACCUCUCGUUGCAUUUCGAAAAAAAGUGCAUCUUUGAGGAUUUAGAUUUCUCGCUCUCAGUCGGAGAUAAGGUAACACUUGUGGGUGAGAAUGGAAGUGGAAAGACAACGUUUUUACGGUUGUUGAGUGGCACUGCUGAUUAUUCCUAUUCGGGAUCUGUAAUAAUAGAGGGAAGAAUUGGUUAUUUGCCACAACAUUUUGAAGAAAUCAUGAGUGAGGAACCUGCAAUUAUUACCAUUCUUCGAUUUUUGAAUGAUUCUCGGAUCAAUCAAUUCCUUGCACAAACAAAUUGUGAAAUGCUCUCUCCGGAGUGGUAUAAGGAAUUGAAUUCUCUUGGAGGGUAUGAGAUAUUUAGACAAGCACAUUUGAUGGGUUUGUCCAACAAUUUAUUGGAGGAACCAUUCAGUCAGUUGAGUGGAGGAGAAAAGACAAAAACCAUGUUGUGCGCAUUGAGUAUUAUUGAAACUGAUAUUUUACUAUUGGAUGAGCCAACGAAUCAUUUGGAUCGAACGGGUAUUGAGUGGUUGCAAAGCUUUUUAAAAGAAUAUUGCGGAGCUGUGGUCAUGGUCACUCAUGACCGAAGUCUUAUUAAUGCCGUGUCGAAUCGAAUUUCCGAGAUUUCUCCCCACACCAAAAAGUUUGUACAUUUUAAGGGAGGGUAUGAUCAUUAUCUGAAACAGGAGGAAAAGAAACGCCAACGAUCGAUCCAAGAACGAGAGCAUCAAGAUCGGGAAUUGAAAAUACUCAAACAAAAGGCCACUCAACUCAAAUCCAAGAUGAAAGAAAAGAAAAUUAGAGAAAGUUGGGAUCGAGACAAAUUGAGCCACAACAAUCAAGAACAACGAGUGCAAAAAGGAACUUCCAAAGCUUUCAAUCGAUUCACAAGGAAACAAGAACACAUUACUGAGAAUAUGGUUGAAAUUGUUCCAGAAAGAAACAAAAUUUCAUUUGAAUUUAAUGAUGACUUUGUUUCAUCCCAUCUCUAUAUUGAAGUGUCUAACCUUGCCAAAUCUUUUGAGCAGAAAUUGUUGUUCCGUGACUUGUCCUUCACCUUAGUGAGUGGCGAUCGACUAAUUGUGCAAGGUCCAAAUGGUUCCGGUAAAACCACUCUAUUCAAAAUCAUUAUGGACAUGAUAACACCAGAUGAGGGUACAAUGCAAAUCAGCAACUCUACUAGGAUUGGUUAUCUGGAUCAAGAGCAAGAAGGUUUACCUUUGGAUAAAACUGCAGUAGAGUUGCUGAUGGAAGAUCCCUUGAUCAAUGCCCAAAAGCAACAAGCUAUAACCAAUUUGUGUAACUAUGGUGUGUACUCAUGGCAAGAUUUGAAUAGUCCAAUGAGCACAUUGAGUAUUGGAUGUCGAAGAAAGGUUCAACUGUGUCAAAUUGUGAUGAGAAAGUGCCCCAUUCUUCUCUUAGAUGAACCUACAAACCACAUUGAUUUCCCAAGUUUGGAAGUAAUCGAAGAAGCAUUAAUGAAUUUUCCUGGAAUUAUCAUUGCAGCCACUCAUGAUCGAUACUUUACUGAAAAGGUAGGAACAGAAAUUCUCAACCUUACAGAGUAUAAUGGGUCACCAAAAGAAGAUGAGGAUGUUGAAUAA